AUGAUAUUCAUUAAUAAUAUAAAUUUUGAAAUAAAGAUGAAUAAUCAGACUCCUAUAUAUAAUCAGGCCUUUUUUAAUGUUUUCCGUCACUCUAAUCUUUUUUUUACUGAAAAUAAUGAUUUUAUUGGGUCUCUCAAUUUUUUACAGUAUUAUAGAAGUUUAAAUGUAAGAUUAACCGACUCGAAUCAACUAAAUGUAUUUUUAAAGCUAGUAUUUUAUUCACGUCAAGUUACAAAAUUUACCAUUGAUUCAAACAGUGGUACUUCCGUUCUUUUUAAAAUUUUCUCGCCCUUCAUCAUAACACAGAAUCUUACCUCUUUGAAAUUAGCCUAUAUGGAGUAUAACGUUCCAAUUAAACCAGGAAUGAUCCCGAUUUUUCCUGAAAAUGGAUUAACUAAAUUGUACAUUACCAACUCAUUUAAUCAACCAAUUAUUCAAAAUGUCCUUCCAAAAACUUUAAAAGAACUAAAAAUUGGUACUUCUUUCACCCAAGAAUUGUAUUUCGAAAGUAUUCCAGACUCUGUUACUUUUCUUACUCUUGACUGCCCAUAUUAUAAUCAUCAGUUUGCUCCAGGAAUCCUUCCAAGAAAUUUAAUAAAGCUAAAGAUUGGUAAUAAUGUUCCUUUAUUGCCUGGUUCUUUACCAGAAUCUCUUACUUAUCUCAAACUAUGCUGCGACUUUAACCAACCUAUUACUGCUAAUCUAUUACCAAAAAAUCUUAAAAAAAUAUCUUUUGGUUCUAGAUUCCAAAAAGAAAGGUUAGCACGUGGUCACUGGAAAAUUUCAAUAUCUCUCUCAUUCUUUCCAAGAUCCAUACCUGAUCAAGUAUCAUUAAAUUUUCUUAGUCUAGUAGAUGUAGUUGGUUUGCUUACAGAUGAUGAAUAUUUGGUUGCUGAUGCAGCAUUUCCUAAAAUUGGGCAAUAUUGUAAAAAUGUUAUAUUUCCAAAAAUAAGCACAAUUGGAUCAAUCGAUAUUAAAAAUUUAAAUAAUAAUAAUUCAUUGUAUUUGUUUAAUUCAGUAUCAGUUCUACAAUAG